UCAAAAUGCCUGUUGAUAUCAAAAACGUAUUGAUAUGUGAUGCCGUAGACAAAGCUUGUGUGGAAUUGCUACAAAGUAAUGGCAUUAAUGUGGACACCAAACUGAAAUUGCCCGUCGACGAACUGUGCGCUGUGGUGAAAAAUUACAAUGCGGUGAUUGUGCGCUCGGACACCAAGAUAACAGCCGAGGUGAUCAAGGCAGGCACCGCGUACGGUGGACAGUUGAAGGCGGUGGGACGCGCUGGUGCUGGCGUUGACAAUAUCGAUGUGGCUGCAGCUACCGCACAUGCUGUUGUUGUACUAAAUACACCAGGCGGAAAUUCAAUUUCAGCUUGUGAAUUGACUUGUCUAUUAAUUGGCGCCUUGGCGCGUCCAAUUGUGCCGGCAGCACAAAGCUUGAAGGAGGGACGUUGGGAUCGUAAGCUGUACAGCGGCACGGAGUUGUAUGGCAAAACGCUGGCAGUGAUCGGUCUAGGACGCAUCGGACGCGAAGUGGCCAUACGCAUGAAGACAUGGGGUAUGCGUACGAUUGGCUAUGAUCCGAUAACAACUGAAGAGGAAGCACGCGCAGCAGGCAUUGAAAAGAUGGAAUUGGAAAGCAUUUGGCCUUUGGCCGAUUAUAUCACCGUGCACACACCACUCAUACCACAGACUAGGAAUCUGGUUUCGACUCAAACGCUUGCGAAAUGUAAGCGUGGCGUGAAGGUGGUGAAUGUGGCACGCGGUGGCAUUAUUGAGGAGCAAGCCAUUUUAGAUGCCUUAGAAAGUGGCAUUUGCAAUGGCGCCGCCUUCGAUGUGUUCCCUGAAGAGCCGCCAAAAUCGGAGGUGACCAAGGCGUUGAUAGCGCACCCGAAAGUGGUGGCCACACCACAUUUGGGCGCCAGCACCGCCGAGGCGCAGGUGCGUGUUGCAGUCGAAGUUGCUGAGCAAUUCAUCGCAUUGACCGGCAAGUCGCAAGAGUACACAACAUAUCCCGGUGUCAUAAAUAAGGAUGUCUUAAAAGCUAACUAACCGAAUAAAAAAUUUAUAUUUAUUUAAUGUUGCCAUCCAAAAUGCGUUAGUUGUUGUAUUAUGCAAUUUUAUUAUGAAUUAUGUACAAAUUAUGUGCUAUAAAAACAGGGAUGUCGUCAAUAAAUAUUUACCAUUAUGAUCGUAA